GUCAUCUUUGGUCUCUGAAUUUUGACCUACUAACAUAAAGAAGAAUUCAUUCUUCAUUUUUGGCCUGAAUCCAAAAAACUAAUCCAGUCAGAUUAAAGAUAUGUUGGAAAACUCUUCUCCCAACAACUCCAAAAUGUCCUACAGCGACUGCCUGAUGACCAAACCCAGCAUCUUCAUCUACACCUCCUUCAUCGCCGUCAACGUCGUCCUCUUAUUCCCGCUCUUCGUCUCGAUUCUCUACCACGGAGUCCAGCAGCGGUGGAAGAACUGCUCCUCCACCGUGGGCCACUCGGACUGCUUCACCUUCCACUUGGUCGUCAUGGAGCUGAUCGGCGUGUGCGGGUGCGUCAUCUCCUUUGGCGGUAUCUACAGCGAGAAAGUAACGGUGGUGAAGGUGGGGACCGUUCUGUUCUCCUUCACCUGGCUCGGAGAAGGGCUCUUCCUCAUCUUGACGUGUGUGGAGCACUACUUGGCUGUCGUUCAUCCCAUCGACUAUCUCGGCCUGAAGAACAAAAGAGGAAUAAAAAUCAGGAAUGUAGUGCUCGCCUGUGUGUGGCUGCUUUGUUUAGUAGGACUGAGUUUGGCAGUGAAGGACUACUACGUCGUCAUAGAUACCUGCGUUGUGAUAUUGACCGUAACCAUUGUGCCCUACUGCAGCAUCUCAGCUCUCCGCGUUUUGACCCAGGCAGGCCCGGGUCAGCCGGGCAGGGACAGAGCGGACCAGUCAAAGCAGAGGGCUUUCUACACUAUCGUGACUAUACUGGGAGCAUUGACCCUGAGGUUGUUUUGGAAUGUUAUUUUUAUUGUUUGUGAUUUAGAAGAGUUCAGUACAAACUGCAUCAUGAUGACGUGUGAAGCUCUGUUUAAUCUGCCGUGCAGUUUGGUGUUACCUCUGCUUUUUCUCCAAAGAGCAGGAAAAUUGGUUUGUUGGGAGAAAAACGUUAUUGAUGACUAGAGUUACAUUUUAAAUAAUCAAUUAGAGUUAAAGAUGAAAUUAAGUCAAAAAAGUUAGAAAGGUUUAGCAUCUAGAAAACAUCAAACAUCCCAAUGAAUAAACCCAGAGGUGUUUUAUUCUUGUUUUUCGGUGUUUCUAUUAAGCCAUUUAUCCAAAUACAACACAGUCUCCUGUGUGUAUUAGCAUAAAUUUACAUCUAUGAUAAUCUUUUGUCUAUUGACCCUUUGCAACUGCACCAAUUAAUCAUUGGUUCAAAACUUCCGGUUCAAAAGCACCGUCGUCCAAUCAGGGAUCGCUCAGGUCUUCAACUCUUCCGUUUUGUUAAUGUACUUUUAAAUUUGUUAUUGUGCUCCGUUAAUGUUGUUGUGUUUUUGAAUUUGUUGAAGCGGUUUGCACCUCAUGGCCAUACGCAGCGACGUUUAUUUUUUCUUGGUGCUGAUUGGCUGAAAUCCAAAGAGCAAAGAUACUGAUGUGUUACUCCUAAGACUUUUCCACUGUGAAAAUUAAUGCAUAUUUAGGAAUAUUUGGUUGUUGAACUGAAAAAAUUGUGAGUUAUAAUAGUUUUUAGAGGUAUUAGCUAUUAGCUUUGGUCUGUUUAUUCUCAAAAUAUUUUGACUUUAUUCUCAUACAAGUUUAUUCUUUGUAAUAUAAUUAUUCUCAUAUAUGAUUUUAUUCUCAUAAUUGUAUUUUUCAUAUUUUCUUAGCGGGUCAUAGCACGUCAUCAUAUAUUUGAAACAGAUGUUAUUCUGACUUUAAUGCUUGAAUUAAAUAUGUUCAGAAAUACUUCAGUCAUAUGUAGGACUAAAAAAAAUAAAAAUGGUGUCCACUGUUCACUGAGAACAAAUA